AUCAUUGAAUAUUAUUGAUGAAAAUUUUCAUUUCUUUGAAAGAAAAUGAUGAAAUUAUUCAGAAAAGAAUCAUUGAAGUCAAAAAGUCUAACUAAAAAUUCCAACAAUGGGGUCGAACAAGAGAAACAGAAAAAAAAGAGAAAAAAACGUAAGUCAAUUUUGUUCAAACCAGAAAAACGUGCGAAAGUUUCAAAACAUAGUGAUAACAGUAGGGACGAUAUUUCGGAAAUAUCAUUCACCCUAGAUGAAGAGAAAACAAUUCUUUCUGAUGGAAGGAGUGACUUUGAUAAUGAUCGAUCUAAUGAACCAAGUGACUCGGAAGAAUACCUGAACGAAAGUGUAGAUACAACUUAUUCAAGUAGUAUAAUGGAUGAAUUCUUAAAAGACACUUCAGAUGAACGCUGUUAUAAUGAUGAAGAUUUUUCUACUAUUGCUAGGAAAAAGUCUAUGUCCCCCUUUGAAAUGAAAAAUAGUUUUAUCUCGGAAGUAGACUCAAGUGACAGUAUAGAGUCUACAUUGAACGAAUUGAUACAAAAGUCACAAAUUGAUGAAGAAUCAGAUUCAGAUAGCACUGAUUCAGGCUGUGAAAUACAUGAAUGUGAUACAGAGUACAUUGUUAUAUUAAAAUAUUCCCAAACCAUUAAAUUAUUUGGAUUCUGUGAUUUGAAAGUUUUGCAUGGCAAAAUUAAUAUUUUAGGACACUCGUUGAAUACUUCUUCAACAAAGCAGAGUGUUUACUCACCAAAGGGAACAGCAUUAGUCACUUUGGAAAAUACAUCAAAUUUUUGUGAUGAUACACGUAAACUCAAAAAUUUGAUUUCAAAGUUAUCAAAACACCCCAUUCUCAAAGAUUUGGAGGUGAGGAAAGACAGUAGUAUAUUAUUGUUUUCCAAAAAACAUGAUACCACUAUGAACUUCAUAGAAGAACAUAUUUCACAGUGGAUUUCUCCUAAGAAAACAACUUUUCCUUGUCUUGAAAUCAACCCUAAAGGUUCCUGGAAUGCCAUUACUUUACCUACAAAGUGGAAUGAAGUUGUGCAGAAUGCUACUAGUCAAUCUAAGAUUUUAGUUUGUGGUGGAAAAGGAGUUGGUAAAAGUACAUUUUUAAGGUUUGCAGUGAAUUGCUUAUUGCAGAAGUAUAAAGCUGUUAGGGUUAUUGAUUUAGACCCUGGACAAUCUGAGUUCAGUGUGCCAAGUACUUUGUCCGUAGUAACAGUUACGGAGCCUUUGUUGGGGCCCAAUUAUACCCAUCUAAAAACCGCUGAUAGAUCGAUUUUGAGCAAUAUAAAUGUGGCUCCAGAUCCUGAUAAAUUCAUUGAAUGCCUAAAAGAGAUGGUCAAGGAAGACCUAUAUGAUGAAAACACGCCUACUAUAAUCAACACAAUGGGAUUCACAAAUGACAUAGCCUUUCAUUUAAUAUCUAGUAUUGUAGCUUUAUUAGAACCUAAUCAAAUCGUGUACAUUGAAAGUAGCAAUAGGAAGAAGAAUUUCAAGAAAGAAAUGACUAAGAAAACCUUAACAGAGCAUGUUAAAUUCUUCACCCCCGAUUUGAAACUCGAUUUUAAUUUUGAGAUUGAAAAAAUUCCUUCAGCGACGGAUGAAAACGUUGGUUGGAGUUUGCAGCCUCGUCAGACAAGGGAAAUGUGCAUUUUGGCUUAUUUCGGACAGAUGAUGAAGGAAAAUUGUAGUACAUUACAAGAUUACAAGUUGCCCAUGUUUGAGGUUGACUUAUUGGAUAUUUCAAUCACAGACAGAAAUAAUUCAAGCGUUCCGUUAGAAGCUGUGAAUGCUAAUAUCGUUGCAUUAUGUCGGCUUGUGAAUGAAGUCAGUUCUAUAUUUGAAUGCUUCGGAUGGGGAGUUGUGAGAUGUUAUAAUCCAUCCACUAGAAAAGUUAUUUUAAUCACGCCAACAAAUAAAGACGUUUUAGAACAAGUUACCCAUCUCGUGGUCGGUUGUUUAACCCUUCCACCGUCAAUUUAUAUGAAUCAAGAGGGUGUAGUUGGCCACAUACCUUACAUUAUGGCAUCAGAUCUGAAAGGUUUCGAUCAGAUGUCUAAGAGGUCUCGUAUCCCGUUUGAUGCAGAGAAAAAGUGAUGAUAGUGUGUAUAUUCACGUUUUAUUUGAUUCAAAUUGUGUUUAUAUAAUUUUAACUUUGAAUUGUCGACUAUUAAAAUCAGUUUUUAA